AUGGGUUUCAAUCAGGGGCCUGGUCAACCCGAAGAAACACAGGCCAAAAUUCAUGGCCAACCUCAGCAUGGUGAAGAUUAUGUUGGUGUUAGUUUAGUUGCCGCGCUUGUGGGUGUUGGUGCGAAUGCGGCUUUUAGGCUGGAUUGCUGGAGGGUCUGCGGGUGCCCCAUGACCCCGAGGCCGAGGAAGCCGAUGCGCAUGUGUAGGUGGUGGGUGGGUCAGUUAUAUGCAAGAUUACGGACUGUAAAAGAAGGGCGUGAGCAGGGAGCGGAGUUUCAGGAUGUCAUCUUGAAUGGCUCGGAGUAUAGUAGUUUUAAUGGAGAAGGAUUGGUCGUGUGCACUGAGUGCUUAGCUUACACUAUGGGAAUUCAGCAAAAGGUCACCGACUGA